CAGUCCACAAGAAGGUGGGAUUGCCCUGAAUCAAACUCACUUGCGCUUCCCACUUGCUUCCUUCAAUCCUCAUCUUCGCCCUUCUUCAUUCUUACGGUACGCAGAAUCAGAAGAAUCAGAGGAGGAAGAAGAAGAAGAAGAGAACGAUGCCUUGCCUUUACAUCUCCACCAACGUUAACUUGGACGGAAUCGACAUCGAUCCCAUCUUCUCCGAAGCCACUUCUGCCGUCUCCUCCAUUAUCGGAAAGCCCCCAAAAUAUGUGAUGGUGAUAGUGAAGGGGUCGGUGGCGAUAUCAUUUGAAGGGAACAAGGAGCCGGCGGCGUACGCAGAGAUAGUGUCGAUGGGAGGCAUAGACUCACAGGUGAAGAAGAAGCUCAUUGCCUCCAUCGGCUCCAUUCUCCAAUCCAGGCUCUCCGUCCCCAGAACCAGAUUCUUCCUCAAGGUCUUUGACACCACCGCCUUCCGCCGUCUCAACCCCUCCCCCAAACUAUGAGUGAAUGUAAUAACACUGAUCCCUUUCAAUUUCUCCGCCACAUUUUUGGAGAUCAUCCGCCUCUCAUGGCCACGCUCAUUAAUAGUGUACCCCUGGGUCCGAUUAAGUAAUAAUAAUUAUUAUUAUGUUUCUCCCAAUAA